CUUUGUUUAGCUAUGAGUCGAUCCCCAAAUCUUACUACUCGUUUAGUUUAGUUAUGAAGUUAGUUCGAUAAAGACUCAAACUCGAACACACUUUGACAGUAGCGCAUUUCAUAAAUCCCCAUCAGAAUCAACCUAUAUAAACCCUCGUUCGUUUUCAUGCUUAGCAUCUCCAAUGGCUUCACACUAGUCUCCGUCGUCCGCAGUCCGAAUGCGUUUCGCCUCACCAAAUUAGCCGUCGAUUUUAAUCGUUUCCCAAGGACCGCGAGCCCUGAUUCGAGCCGCGUGCUCUUAAUCACCGUAACAUCUUCUGCAAUGUCGUCGUCGUCGUCACCGUCACCGUCGGCGUCCAUGAAAAUCGUGGCUGAGUACGCGAAGUCGGGGCGCUCUUCGUGCAAGAAGUGUUCGAAAGCGAUUGAUUCGAAGUCUCUGAGGUUGGGUAUGAUGAGUAAGGACCCCCGAGGGUUUGACAUGACCAAAUGGCAUCAUCUGCAAUGCUUCCCAUUUAGCAGUUCUGGGUCGGUUUCAUCGGCCGAGGCUAUCACUGGGUUCUCAUCUCUCAAGAGCAGUGAUCAGAAAUCUGUAAAGGAAUUGGUAAAUGAGUUGGGUCAGGCUUCAGACAAGGUUGCUAAAAUGGAUGAAAAGGUGGACGAAGAUCCAAAGCAGGGCAAGUUCAAGAAGCAAAAGUUAUUCACAUCUGAGGAAGAAGCAAAGCUUCCGCUGGAUUUAGCUGUACAUGCUUCUGAUAUAAAGGACAAGUACAAGGAUGCUACGCUAUUGCCUAAAUGGAAAGCAAUUCAAACAGUCAUAUUUCUCGAGAAGGAUGAUGGUCUUCAUGAUUCUCGAAAAAUUGCAGCCUUUGAUUUUGAUGGUUGCCUGGCAAAGACGUCUGUGAAAAGGUAUGAUUACCAGUUCUUGAGAAGGAAAAUUGUGGAUGAUGGUGCUGAUGCAUGGUCGCUCAUGUAUCCUUCAAUACCAGAGAAGCUUCAAAAUCUCUACAAAGAUGGCUACAAGCUGGUUAUAUUUACCAAUGAAUCUAACAUCGAGCGGUGGAAGAAUAAGAGACAGGCUGCUGUAGAUUCAAAAAUUGGAAGGCUUGAAAAUUUCAUCAAACUUGUGAAAGUGCCCAUGCAGGUUUUCAUUGCCUGUGGAUUGAGUUCUGGUGAACCAGAAGACCAGUUUCGAAAACCGAAACCUGGGAUGUGGAUGAUCAUGGAAAAGGAGUUCAAUUCCGGUCUUCCAGUUGACAUGGAUCAAUCCUUUUAUGUUGGUGAUGCGGCUGGAAGGACAGACGAUCACAGUGAUGCUGACAUAAAAUUUGCGAAGGCUAUUGGCUUAAAAUUUUAUGUUCCUGAGGAGUACUUUCUCGGUACAGAUUAGGCAUACUGUAGCCAUUUGCACGAUUGCUGCCGAUUGUUGCGGUUAGUGUGUAGUCAUUCCUAGAUCGAAACUAAUUUUUGUGCAUGGAUUCAUUCUCAAAAGAUUGUAAAUCAGUGCAUCCUUCUAAUAGCUGCUAGAGAAGAGAGUAUGGCAAACUUAACUUAUUUCUCUGUGCUGUAUGACUAAAUUAUAAUUUGCUGAACUUGUAUGCAACUGGCUCUUAACUAAAUUUGUGGUUUUAUCUUGUGCCAUUUGUUUGCUAAAGACCUCAAUUUGAGGCUAAUAUUUGACCUAUGAAAAAAUGGGGUUGACAAUGGUAG